AUCAUCUGAGGAUGUAGGCGCUAGUUCGAAGGAAAAUGCGGCUGUAUCAGAGGUGGCGACCGUUCCUGCUCUUGCUUCGGCUUCCGGGGUUGCAAGCUUACAAGCUACGCACUUUGCAUGAGGCGUCCGUGCCGACCUCUCCUCCUUGGUUGGUGGAGCGGCUUGGCCUUUUUGAGGAGCUAUGGGCCGCUCAGGUAACGAGGUUAGCGAGCACUGCACAGAAGGAAGCACGGACUAUCAAGGUGUCCCUUCCUGGAGGCCAGAAAGUGGAUGCCGUGGCGUGGAGCACAACCCCUUACCAGCUAGCUCGGCGGAUGAGUUUAAAUCUAGCAGAUACUGCACUGGCUGCUGAAGUGAAUGGAGAACUUUAUGAUCUGGAGCGGCCCCUGGAGACAGAUUCUGAUCUCAGAUUUCUGACGUUUGAGUCCCCAGAGGGAAAAGCGGUGUUAUGGCACUCUAGUGCCCAUCUCCUAGGGGCAGCAGCUGAACAAUUCUUGGGUGCUCUUCUCUGCCGAGGUCCAAGUACAGAGCAUGGCUUUUACCAUGAUUUCUUCCUGGGAAAGAAGCGAACAGUCCAGGGCUCACAGUUACCUAUUUUGGAGCAGAUUUGCCAGCGGAUGGCAGCUGAUGCACAGCCCUUCCGGAGGCUGGAGGCUUCCCGGGAUCAGCUGCGCCAGCUCUUUAAGGGUAACCCCUUUAAGCUUCGCAUGAUUGAAGAGAAAGUGACAGGUCCAACAGCCACAGUGUACGGCUGUGGCUUGUUGGUUGACCUUUGCCGGGGCCCCCACCUGCGGCACGCUGGACAGAUUGGAGUGCUGAAGCUGCUCUCGACCUCCUCAGCCCUGUGGAGGUCUCCAGAGAGUCCAGAGCCGCUGCAGAGAGUGUUGGGGAUCUCCUUCCCCACUGCGGGGCUGCUGAGGGCCUGGGAAGCGCAGAGGGAGGAAGCGGAGUCUCGGGAUCACAGGCGCAUCGGGAAGGAACAGGAGCUCUUCUUUUUCCAUGAACUGAGCCCCGGGAGCUGCUUCUUCCUGCCACGUGGGACCAGAGUGUACAAUGCCCUGGUGGCCUUCAUCAGGGCUGAGUACGCCCGCCGUGGUUUCUCAGAGGUGAAAACACCCACGCUGUUUUCUGUGCGACUGUGGAAACAGUCUGGGCACUGGGAGCACUACAGGGAAGACAUAUUUGCCCUGCAGCCCCAGGGCUCUGACGGGCCCGCGGGCUCCCAGAGUGACCACCCUGCCGGGCAUCCCGUGGAGACACUCGCCCUCAAGCCCAUGAACUGCCCUGCACACUGCCUGAUGUUCGCCCACCGGCCCAGAUCCUGGCGGGAGCUGCCUGUGCGAUUAGCCGACUUUGGAGCCCUGCACCGAGCUGAGGCCUCUGGCAGCCUGGGGGGACUGACGCGGCUUCGGCGCUUCCAGCAGGAUGACGCUCACAUCUUCUGUGCCCCAGAGCAGGUGGCCCCUCCUGGCCCCACCAGAGCAUCUCCCGACCCACCUUUAAUUCUCUCCGUGAACCCCAACAUCGGAGCCUUUCAGUUUGCGCUGUGUGUGCUACAGUUCCCUUCCCUCCGCCUACAGCUGUGUCGCAUCCCUGUUUUCGCUGUCUUCCCCCAAGUCACCGUCACUGUGGAUCUCCAGCUGACACCCAUCUCGCCCUCCCUUAUUUCCUGCCCCCAGCUGCAAGCGGAGAUCCACGGCUGCCUUGAUUUCCUCCGCUCUGUCUAUGAUGUCCUCGGCUUCUCCUUCCGCCUGUCGCUGUCCACCCGGCCGUCAGGCUUCCUGGGGGAGCCUCACGUUUGGGACCACGCAGAGCAGGUCCUGCAGCAGGCCUUAGAGGAGUCUGGAAGACCCUGGGCCCUCAAGCCUGGAGAUGGUGCCUUCUAUGGGCCUAAGAUUGAUGUGCACCUCCAGGAUGCCCUGGGCCGGCCCCAUCAGUGUGGGACGAUCCAGCUGGACUUCCAGCUACCCCUGAGAUUCAACCUCCAGUACAAGGGGCAGGCGGGGUCCCUGGAGCGCCCAGUCCUCAUCCACCGGGCCGUGCUCGGGUCCGUGGAGAGGCUGCUGGCGGUGCUGGCCGAGAGCUGUGGAGGGCAAUGGCCCCUGUGGCUGUCCCCAUUCCAGGUGGCUGUCAUCCCUGUGGGGACGGAGCAAGAGGGAUACGCCCGGGAGAUACACCAGAGCCUGCAGGCUGCAGGGCUGGCCAGCGACCUGGACGCUGACCCGGGACUGACUCUCAGCCGGAAAGUCCGCCGGGCCCAGCUCGCUCACUACAAUUUCCAGUUUGUGGUUGGGCAGAAAGAACAGAGUAACAGAACAGUGAACGUUCGCACUCGAGAUAACCGCCGGCUUGGGGAGUGGGACCUGACCGCAGCCGUGCAGCGGCUGUUGGAGCUGCAGAGCGCCAGGGUCUCCAACGCCGAGGAAGUCUUCUGAGCCUGUGCUCAUAGACGAGACAUCUGUGAGAGCCAUCGGCUUCUCCUGACCCAUCCAGUGACAGUCCGCAGCCCUCAGAACUGCGUGCUUGUGCCCCCUGAAGAGACAGUUUCGGGCCUACCGUGGGUAGGAAAUUAGGUUUGGAUUGUGAAGAGAGUAAAAUGAAAAAAAUAAACUUGAAGCUGCGG